AUGCCUGUAGAAUUAUUACUUCUCAUCAGACCGAAUUGUUCGAGACUUGACACAAAGUCGAAAGCUCACCACUCUGACUCAUCGUCUUUGAUUGGCUCGUUUUCAUCUAAUCAAGACAUUUCUCUUGCUAAACUGUUCAUAACAAUGGCUGUCAAAUGGUUAGUCACUCUAGGAAUUGCUGUUGCCAUUUUGGCAUCGACUAUUCAUCAAAUACCAGAGGGACAUGUUGGUAUUUACUAUAGAGGAGGUGCUCUUCUCACAUUAGUCACUUCACCUGGCUUUCACGUGAAAAUGCCGCUUCUAACAGCAGUGAAAAUUGUUCAAACAACUUUACACACUGACGAAGUAAAAAAUAUUCCUUGUGGUACAAGCGGUGGAACAAUGAUUUACUUCGAUAAAAUAGAAGUGGUGAAUAUCUUAAAUCGUGAUGCUGUUAUAGAAACUGUCAGAAACUACACGGUCAAUUAUGAUCGACCGUUAAUCUUCGAUAAAAUUCACCAUGAAGUCAACCAAUUCUGUUCGUUGCACACACUUCAAGAAGUAUAUAUCGAUUUAUUUUCAAGUAUCGAUGAUCAUUUGAAACGAACGUUACAGAAUGAUUUGAAUGUGCUCGCACCAGGUCUUUUUGUCAGUUCUAUUCGAGUAACAAAGCCGAAAAUUCCUGAAAUUAUUCGUCGUAAUUAUGAAACAAUGGAACAAGAAAAAACACAAUACAUGAUAGUAACUGCUCAUCAGAAAGUUGUUGAAAAAGAAGCUGAGACCGAUCGUCAUCGUGCUGUUAUCGAAGCAGAAAAAGUCGCCCAAGUCGCUAAAAUUCAAUACGAACAAAAAAUUCUCAGCAAAGAAAGUGAAAAACGUAUAGCAGAAAUCGAAGCUGAAAUACAUCUAGCACGCGAACGUGCAUUAGCCGAUGCUCAAAAAUAUCACAGUGACACCGAAGCCGAAUCGAAUAAACUCAAACUAACGCCUGAAUAUCUUCAAUUGGCAAUGUAUCAAGCAUUAGCACAAAAUACAAAGAUUUAUUUUGGAAAUUCAAUACCCAAAAUGUUUAUCAAUGCCAAUGAGAUCCUCAGUAGUGCAACAGAUUUUCCUUCGCAAACAUAA